CACAAAAGUCAUGAAAAGGGCGUAUUAAUAUAUAUAUCGUAAUUCUUAAUCGUAAACCAACAAGGCUUUGUUUACUUUUUACAACUACGGCAGUAACUUCAAAAUACCAGAAUUUGAGCUUAAAAUUAAUUCGCCAUAAUGUCUUUCAUGGAGUGGAGGCGUUUCAACUUUUUUGAUCUGAGCAAAAACGUCGACGAGGGAAAAAUCCAGGAAGCUCUUAAGGGCUCUCAGGUGACCGCCUCGUCCAGUGGCCACAGUCACCUGGUCUUUGGAGACUCCGAUGGCUUCGUCCACCUGGUCAACAGGUCCUUUGAAGCGACCACCUACAGGGCGCACGAAGGCCGCGUCGGUUUGGUGCACAAUAUUCAAAACUCGUCCCUCCUCAUCACAAUCGGAGAGGACGAGGGCGGAAGUACCAUUCUGAAGGUGUGGGACACUGAAAAGAAGGACAAACAGGGCUCGCCGAUAUGUCUUCGAUCUUCGCGGCUCCAUUCUGCCACCAAGGGGGCCGCGGCCACUGCUCUGGCUGUCCACCAAAAUCAUCUGCUGGCGGUUGGAUUCUCAGACGGGACGGUUUUGCUGCAGAGGGGAGAAGUCGGACGAGAAAGGUCUUUGAAGCAGGUGGUUCUCCGCGACGGCGCCAACAGCGUCUCCGGAUUGGCGUUUCGCAUCACGGCCAGAGCGCCGUUUCUCUUUGUGGCCACCACGGUUAGCGUCCUUCUCUACAACAUUGCCAACAAGGAUAAAGAGCAACGAAUACAGCUGGACAGCGCUGGUUGCGAAUUGAGUUGCUGUGUUGCUACCGACUGCAUUCCCGAGUGCAACUUUAUAAUUGGCCGAUCAGAUGCAAUUUAUUGCUACACAACAGAAGGCAGAGGUCCUUGCUACGCAAUCGAGGGCAAAAAGAAACUCUUGCAAAUUUCCAGAACAUAUCUUGUGGUUGUUGCCGAGGACAAGAACAAGGCAGUCGGCAGUUCCAGUGAUGAAAAUGCAAUUUCUUGUGAGACGGUGACCGUACUAGACUUGCAAAACAAAUUCCUUGUUUUCACGGCGCCUGCUCGUGAAGUGCAAGCCGUUCUGAGCGAGUGGGGCUACUUCCUUGUCCUCACAGCUGGAAACAAUUUGCUCGGUCUUAUGGAGAAGGAUGUGCAGUCAAAGCUGGCAAUGCUCUUCAAAAAGAAUCUCUAUGACGUAGCUAUCAGAAUUGCAAAAAGCCAUCAUUAUGGUCCAGAUGGUUUGAGUGACAUCUUCAGGCAGUUUGGCGACCACCUUUAUAACAAAGGUGACCACUCUGGCGCCAUCGAACAGUACAUCAAGACAAUCGAUAAACUUGAACCUUCGUACAUUAUCAGAAAAUAUUUAGAUUCGCAACUAAUCGAGCACCUCACCACCUACUUGCAAGCCCUUCACAAGCACGGCUUGGCCGGUGAAGACCACACAACUCUGCUGCUCAACUGCUACACUAAGUUGAACCGGACUGAUAAACUCAGAGAAUUUUUGCUGACUAAGGAUAGAGAUUUGGACUUUGAUGUGGACACCGCCAUCAAGGUGUGUCGGCAAGUGUCCUCUGAAGAUGCAUUGACCUUGGCCAAAAAGCAUGGCAGGCACGAAUGGUACCUGAAGAUCCAGCUGGAGGACAAGCACGAGUACGACAAGGUCCUUGAAUACCUGGCGCAGCUUCCUUUCAACGAGGCUGAAGCCAAUAUUAAGCGCUACGGCUCUUUGCUUAUUCAGCAUGUACCUCAAGAAACAACCGACUUUUUGAAGAGACUGUGCACAGAUUUCAGACCAAAUGGUCAGCCUGCAAUUGAUCGACGUGAAAGUGACAGACACGAAGAAGACAAAGCCUGCCCAGAAGAUUUUAUCCACUUGUUCUUGGAAAACUCUGAGAUGCUGAUACAGUUUCUAGAGAAUAUGGUUCAAGUGGACCCCCACGCAAGUAGUCUGGUUUACAACACGCUGCUUGAGCAUUACCUGCAAGUGUGGGAAGCAUCAAAAGGAGAUGAGAAAAAGCAGCUUGGAGAAAAGGUGCUGCGCCUGCUGCAGAAUUCCGACGCCAACUACGACCGGGCGCAAACUCUGAUUCUCUGCCAACUGCAUCAUUUUUCACAAGGUUUGCUCUUUUUGUACGAGGAGGCUAAAAUGUAUCAGCACAUGAUGCGCUACCACUCGGUUAAUAAAGACUACGAAGGUCUGUUGGCGUGCUGUCGAAAAUUCGGUGCCCAAGAUCCUGGUCUUUGGAUAGAAGCCUUGUCGACCUGCACUAAAGACCACAGCACACCAUCAAAAGUUCUGUCAGAAGUUUUACAAGUCAUUGAGCGAGAACGUCUGCUGCCCCCAUUGAUGGUCAUCGAUGCUCUAGCCGAGAGCAAUGCUCUUUUGGGUGACGUCCGUUCCUACCUUGUUGGAGUGUUAAAAGCUGAAGAAGAAUUGACCAAACAGGAGGAGGCCCUGAUCGAGAAAUACACAAACGAAACAAAAGCCAUUCGGCAGCAGAUCAGGGCAAUAGAAACGAGCAAUGUAAUAUUCAGAGCUAAUUUGUGUAACGCUUGUAACCAGCACCUGGAACUGCCCUCCGUUCACUUCCUAUGUCAACACUCUUUCCACCAACAUUGUUUUGAGAGUUGCUCCGAAAGUGACCACGAGUGUCCUGUGUGCUUGCCUAACAAUAAGAAAAUCAUGGAUAUCAUAAAAUCCCAGGAUCAAUCUCGAUCUCUUCAUGAGUCAUUCCACAGUCAGCUCGAACGGGCCCAAGAUGGAUUUUCCUUAGUGGCAGAUUACUUUGGCCGUGGAGUUUUCAAUCCACCUCCCUCUGCUGACGCUCCAAGUGUAACACAAAAGAAGUUUUCUGAGCCGCCGAAGGACAAUCUGGGAACUGAGGCGCGACUUCGCUUGAUGGAAGGAGGAGGAGCACCAAAGAAUAUUGUUUGCUCUUCGUCGGAUCGCUAUGACUCUUGGUCGUCAAAGAAAUCCGCUCCUGAGGCACCUGUUUUGUCUUCGUCUCAGCGUUUUGAGUCUUGGUCGGGCCCGCCAGCUAAGAAAUCACCACAGCCGGCAACCAGACAAGCCAACAGAAGUCCUCAGCCACCAGCAAAAAACCCCUUUGACGAUUCGCCUGAAUAUGAUGAUGCCAAGAAUCCGUUUGCUGACGAAGAUGCGGCCCCAAGAGAAACAACCCCAAAGAAAUCCACUCCCAAGCACGUUAACCCAUUCGAGGAGGAGGAGGACGAUGAUUAUGACAAAAAUUUAAAUCCUUUCGGAGAGGAUUAGUCAUUUUGGCCUUUUCCAACUUCAGUGCCACAACUUAUUUUCCUGAUUUAUAAAUAAACUUUUUAAUUCAAAAUGUAAUACCCAAGCUUGCUUCCAAAAUUAAUAACUUUUGAGAAGACUGCCUAAUUUUUUUUUCAUUGUGUAAGGUAUUAAAAAUGUAUUUAAUUCCCAUCAAUCCCCUCACAAUAAUCAGUUUAGAAUAUUAUGUGAUUUCGCAUGCUGUUGUAUUGAAUGGUAUAUGAUAUUAUCAUAUUCAGUCAUAUUAUGAUAGCUAUAUAAUUAUGCUCUAUAAAAGAUUAAAUGAAAUAAUACCCAAUAGUUAUAGCUUGUAGCUUCUU